AUGGAAAAUCUGGAAAUUUCGCUCAAGCAGAAUUUCGGCGACUUUCCAAAGCGAAAAACGAACUCGACGACGCUGAAGAAACUGCCGGAUUUUGAAGAGCAGCUUUUGAAAACGGAAAAGUCGGAAAACGGAAAAAGUUGCGAGUGCGAUAUUCCUCCGGCAAUCGGCCAGGCGAUUAUUCAGCAGCAGUUGAGAAUGGAUCUCGUUCUUUCGGAGAAAUCGACCAUGGCCUUGGAAUUGAAGUCGCGAAAGGAAGAAAAUGAGUUUUUGGCGAUCGAAGUUCAGAAAUUAAAAGACGAGAGACAGCAGAUUUUGAGCGUCGUUUCUGAAUACCAGCACGAAGUCAAGGACGCAAAUGGCAAAAACGCCUUAACUGACGCGCACCCGAAGCAUCGCUUACAAAACGCGCGAUUCCGUUGCGCCGGCCACGGGAAAAAGAAAGGAAGCUUCUGCUUCAACUUGAGCAAGGACAAGCGCUCGUGGGAGGCGGCCGAGCAGAGAUGUAACAGACAGGGCGGAUCUUUGGCGGUGAUCAAGGACGAGGACACGAUGUUGUAUAUUACGAAUUUGAUUAGAGGCAGCUCUUAUGACACUUCCUACUGGGUUGGAUUGUCGCUGGACAAAGAGAGCGACCGCCUCAGCUGGGUAGACAACACGACCGUCACUGAGAGCUCUUUCCAAAACUGGUACGGAGAAAUCCGCCCGACACGCUCAGAGCGGUGCAUUCAGUCCGCGGGCCUGCAGUUCGGCUACAAAUGGUACCCCUCAAAAUGCGACCGCGAGUUCCGCUACAUUUGCCAAGUCUAA